CUUCCAUACCACUGUUCCCCUAAGAUCCACUCUUGGGCCAUGGCUGUUCACAGACAAACAUCAAAGAUGGCUCUGUACCUUGUUUGGACCCUGAUGGGCUUCAGUCUAAGUGCCCCUCCAGUUACUUUGGGCCCUGCAGCAUAUGACCUGGAGAAUUACGAUGACUCAAACACAUGGAAUCUAAACCCGUACGGAGAGACCUAUGAUUAUGAUGACCUGGAUGAGGAGGUUGGGACGCUGGCUCCUCCUCCAGCAGUCACUCAGCCACCUGCUAUAGUUCCUCCAGAGGACUAUGUGGAGGAAGUGACACUGCCGCCCCGUCCGACAAAGUCACCCGUCCCUUCCACUCUAGACUUCCAUGGUCCGGGUCUGUUUGGGCCUGACACAGGCUUAGGCAUGCCCUCCUGCCUGCUGUGUGUGUGUAUCAGUGGCAGUGUGUACUGUGAUGACUCAGAUCUGACUCAGAUUCCCCCUCUCCCUAAAGAAACCACACACUUCUACGCUCGCUUCAACAAGAUCACGGAGGUCAGGGCCACAGACUUCAUCAAUCUCAAUCAGCUAAAAAGGAUCGACCUGAGUGGAAACCAGAUAAGUAAAGUGAACGACGAUGCUUUUCGUUCAAUGCUUCAGCUUCAGGAUCUCAUAUUGGCUGAUAACAACAUCCAGGCCCUUCCAGAACUCCCAGCUACCCUCAAACACAUCGACGUUCGCAAUAACCAGCUGAGGAGUUCAGGCAUGCAUGCAGAGGCCUUUAUGAAGAUGAAGGAACUGCAGUUCCUGUACCUGUCAAACAACAAGUUAGACUACAUUCCCGUACCCCUCCCUGAGAGCCUACGAGUGCUCCACCUGCAGAACAACAAUAUACAGAGCAUAGGCCAAGAUACUUUCUGCAACACCCACGACAUAAACUACAUACGGAAAGCCCUGGAGGACAUCAGGCUUGACGGCAACCCUGUGGACAUCAAUCUUUACGCCCAUGCUUAUGUCUGCUUACCCCGACUACCUAUAGGAACUCCAGUCUAGGACGGCGUCCCCAUAUUUUCCGCAGUUUGUGUGUGUAUGUGUGUAUUUUCUGACCUUCAAAACUCCUCGGUGACCACAGCAAAAUAAUUUGGAGCAAAAAGAUCAAAUACUUUAAAAUGUCACCAUAUCAAUAGGCAAUCAAUAUCUAUCUUUUAAAUUCCAAGUUAGUUCUUAUUUAGCCAGUCACACUAGGCAUUUAGUGACUUUGCACUCAUUACAGUCCAAGUACAAAAUGGCUCUGUUUCAAAAUCCAGUGAGCUACCAUAGGCAUAAUCUUAAAUGUAAAGGCAAAAUAAGUGACCAAUUGGAAACCGUCAUAGGCAGCAACACUGCAAAAACAGGAGGCGCAACUCACAGUUGAUUUUAUUUCCAAUUUUUUUAUUGGCAUUUUGUCAGGACAGCAUGAAAUACACUUACAUCAAACUGAUCAACGUACAACAAAAUGUCCUUACCGUGUCACUCACAGUUGAUUUUAACAGUGUUUGCAGUUAGCAUGUUGCUAAGCUAAGGAACUGUUUGUCAAAUAGCCAUAUAAAUAAGUAGCACACACAAAUAUGUGGUAAAAUAGUAAAUUCAUUAGUCAUGUAUUAAUCAGUUUAACUUUUUCAACCUCCACCUACAAAACUCCAAAAAACAUAGUUAUACAUAAAAUUCACUGUUGUUUCCAGCUGAAAUGAACAGGCAGUAAAACUCCAACUCUCCUUUUACACAAAUUAUGAUUACGGGGCUUUUGUUUGCGCAGUUCUUAAAAUACUUUUGCCAUAGCACUUGAUUUAAACUAAUGCAUUUUGACAUUUGCAUCACACAACCAGCUCUAUAUGCAUGACCUUUCUGAUAUAGUAAACUUGCUCAGUAGCUCACCUGGUUUUCAAAUGCAAUAGAGCAUUAACCUUUAAGCGCCGUUCACCAGUACAAUACAUACAACAACCAACAUUUCCAAAUUCCCGUUCGUUUGUGUCAAAUAAAACAGAACACACUUUUAGCAGCACUCACUGGACAUUUCACUUUAAAACACUUUAAAAGUGUUGUGAAAUGUGCA